GUGUUCCUAUUGGGCAACACAAAAAGUCCUGUUUCACAGGUGGGAGUUGGUUUAUGUUGUAGUCAUGGGAAAGCAAGCUCAACAAUAAUAGCCCCCAUUUGUCAACCUCUAACCUUAGUUUUUUGGAGCAGUUGAGAUUGUUGUUUUGUCCAGAUAGCCAACUUUUCUUUCACAUUUGCCAGCAUUGUGCAUCAACAAGACAAGAACCCCACCUCUUUACACUCAUCUCCUUACAUAUCCAAUCACUGGUCUUCAACAAAUACACAAGUUAUUUAGUUUCUGAUACUUUCUCCACGCAAUCAAGAAAGCCUUCACAACUUUCUUGCAGCAACCAGUUAUCUUACAUGUUUUAUGUUCUCAGAAGGAGGUUUUGGCGCCUUUUCUCGAGGGUACGUUGGUUGGUAUGGCGACGUCCUAGGCCUAAACUCAUCGUCAGGAGGCUGAAUGCAAGAGUUGAGCCGAAAAAGAAGCCGAAAAUCAACUCAGCAGUCCAUCAGAAUGGCCAUGUCAAUGGCCCCUUCAUGCAGGUUAUGCCUAUUCGACUAGCCACCUUCAAUGCUGCCUUGUUCUCCCUUGCACCUGCCGUCCCAACAGCUGAGAAAUCAACCGUUUUCGUGCACGAAGAGAGUGAAAGCAUAACUGCCCGUCGUCCCAAAGGAAUACUCAAACAGUCUCCACUCCAUUCCAUGAUGAAUGCAUCAGAAAAAUCAAAACCAAAGGUUUCCAUUAACCUGCCUGAGAAUGAGAUUUCUUUAGCACAGAACAAGGUGAUCAGCAUAGUUGAGGAUUCCUCAAGCAAAACAUUCAGUUUCAACAAUAGGAUGAGAUCUCCCAUCUGCUUCCCUGCCGGCAUGGCUAACUGGCUGACCGAUGUCGGUUUGUGUGGAAGUAGGACCAUUUUUGACGUGCUCAAAGAAGUAGAUGCCGAUAUCUUGGCCCUGCAGGACGUGAAGGCCGAGGAAGAAAAAGAUAUGAGGCCGUUGUCUGAUUUGGCUCGAGCGUUGGGGAUGAACUACGUCUUUGCGGAGAGCUGGGCUCCUGAGUAUGGCAAUGCUGUUCUGUCAAAAUGGCCUAUCAAGAGGUGGAAAGUUCAGAAAAUAUUUGAUGACAAAGAUUUCAGGAAUGUGAUCAAGGCAACCAUUGACGUUCCGUGGACAGGGGAGCUCAACGUUUACUGCACCCAACUCGACCACUUGGAUGAAAGAUGGAGGAUGAAUCAGAUGAACGCGAUAAUUCAGACGAGCGAUCAACCUCAUAUUCUUGCUGGAGGACUCAACUCUCUUGAUGCAUCAGACUACUCAUCAGAGAGGUGGAACGACAUUGUGAAGUACUACGAGGAACUAGGAAAGCCGACUCCAAGAGUUGAAGUAACGAAUUUCCUCAAGGGAAGAGAGUACACGGAUGCCAAACACUUCCCAGGGGAAUGUGAACCUGUAGUCAUGAUUGCCAAAGGCCAAACAGAUGUCCAAGGAACAUGCAAGUAUGGAACUCGGGUCGACUACAUUUUGGGAUCCCCAGAUUUACCAUACAAGUUCGUGCCCGGAUCUUACUCAGUUUUGUCAUCAAAAGGCACCUCUGAUCACCAUAUAGUAAAAGUUGACAUUAUGAAAGUAGCUGAUAAGAGGCCGAAGAGCAAUAGAAGACAAAAGAAACUGAAACAAAGAGUUUUCAGGCUAAGCAAUUCUUGUUCUAGUAGAGGUAUUUGGGAAAUAAGUUGCUGAGUCAGUAGCAUCCCAAAUAAUUACAGCAUUCUGAGCUUGGUCCAGCUUAUCGUUUUAUUUGUAAGCAGAUAUUACCAAUUAAAAGUUCAUUCAAAGAUAACCAAAGUGGAGCUUAAAUAGCAUAUAUAUAUAUAUAUACACAUAUAUAGCAUAUUCUUUGAAGAACAGAUGACAGAGUCAUGAGCUAAGGAACCUGAAAAAUGAUUCCUCAAGCUCUUUUCAUCGACCAAAGUACUUAAACCAAUAUAUCAUAGACUCCUCUUGCAUAUCUUAAGGGAUGCUAAGUUGAAGAUGUAGAUGAAUUCUGGCUGGAAGGGCACGCCAUGCUUGCUGGACAUUAGUGCCAGAAACAGCCGGUCCAGAACAGAAACAGCCGGUAGCAACCUCAUCAGCAGAUCUUCUGUGUAGACUCAAGAUGGAUAGAAGCAUUUCCACAAUGGCCACAACAGCUCUUGUACAAAUCCCCAAACCAAGCAGGCACAUCAAUGAUCAUUCUUACAUCACCCUAAUGUGAAUGACUAAAACAAAGACAACUGAUAUAAUAUCCCAACUUUAUAUUACUUAAAGAAAUUUCCAUAAGUUUUUGCUACAGUCUAUCCGCUUCACCUGGUAUUGCGCUCAAGACAAUGACCUCAAUUAGGAACACACAGAAUUCAUCCAGCUCGAUCCUCAACAAUAGAGAUCAUCCCGACUAAGCAUCAUUGGAAGGUGCCAUCGCCAGAUGUCAUUUGGUUUGAAAACAGGACACAACAACCAAGCAAUCUCCAGUAGGACCUCCCAACUCCCCCACCCCCCACAACCCAAAGGGGGGAAAGAGGAGGACGUAGAACGACAUCAAGUGAAGUCCCAUCCCAAUUCACAUUAUGCCUCUUGGCCCUUCAAACCUUCCUAGCUUCGAGUUGUCAAGAUUACAAAAGCAUUAAUAACUAUGAUAACAAGAAGCUCAUCAGCCCCAAUCUACCACUUACACAGAACAUGAAAACGCAAAAACAAACUCAACACAAAGAAAACGAAAAGAAAAACAUAACUCAAAUGCCCAAAUAUUUACAACCUAAUAAUAUAAACAUAAUAUUAUUGCUACUGAUGAUUUUCAUUGAUGAUACAUACGACGCACAACACAUGAGCUACGACAACAGCAUAUGAUAGACAUAUGCAUUUAACAAUUUCUGUCGACUUCCCAAACUCCAACUAAUCCCCAACCCAAAUUACCCAGUUCAAAGCUACAAAGGCUAAGUACUUGUAGUAGUAGUAGUAGUAAUUAUCAGUGAAAGAGGUCAUAAUUCUUCCACCAGAUCCACGUCGCCACAUAAUGAUGUGCGUGAACAAAUACAGAACCCCAUAGAAAAUAAGAAAAACUAGAUACGAGACCACCUUCGACUGAAUCGCUUCUCGUUUUUGCUUAGAGCUCCAGAUCUUGUAUAUUCU